AUGCAAUGUGGUGACGAGCUCAUCACCGGAAACGAGGAGUGCGACCCUCCGGGCGGCUGCUGCGAUCCCAAGUGCAAGCUUAAGCAAGACACGGAUGGCUGCAAGGCCAUUUGUGGAGACGGUGUGGUCCUGGGGAAGGAGGAGUGCGAUCCUCCUGGCGACGGGUGCAACGAGGAAUGCCGCUUGAAGGAAGGGUGGAAGUGGCUGCAGAACAAGGCCGUGCCGAUUUGCGGAGACAGCCUGCUCGUCGGGAAGGAGCAGUGCGACCCCCCGGGAUCCGACUGCUGCAAUCCGAUUUGCGAUCUCCUCGAUGGAUGGAAGUGGGAAGAUGGCUGCAAGGCCAUUUGCGGCGAUGCGGUGGUCCUCGGAAAGGAGGAGUGCGAUCCGCCGGGAGAGGGGUGCACCGACGAGUGCAGGCUCGAGGACGGAUGGGAGUGGGUUCCCUUGGAGAAGAAGACUGCUUCCAUCUGUGGUGAUGGGCUGGUGGUCGGAAAAGAGCAAUGCGACCAGGGGGAAUGUUGCGCUGACAACUGUACGCUGCUGAAAGGAUGGCAGUGGCAAAGUGAAAGCGGCUGCAAGCCCAUUUGUGGCGAUGGGAAGGUGGUUGGGGAUGAAGAAUGCGACCCUCCCGGGAUGGACUGCACCGCAGAUUGCAAGAAAAGAGUCGAUCUGUUGGCCGGCCUACAGUGCGACUACUUCUAUGAUAAGACUCAGUGCACCCUGCCGGACCUGAGUGCCCUGACACCGGUUCAUCGUGAGAUCGUGCCCGAGAUCUUCAUGUCCAACGGCCGGUUCCCCAAGAUACGUCAACUGGAUCAGUUCUGUGUCAGGUGCACUGGUCUUCUGGUCACGAAGAAAGAGGGCAACUACAAGUUCUUCCUCGCCUCAGAUGAUGGCUCCCUCAUGUGGUUGAACGGGGAGCAGGUCGUCGACAACAACGAUUGCCAUGGAGAAAGGGAGAGGGGCAGCAGCGACAAGUUCCUGAAGCCAGGUGCCCAUGAGAUCAGGGUAGAGAUGUGCGAGAACUACGGCGGGGAAAACCUCAAGAUGCGCUACCAGGGUCUGGAUACCGGCAACUCCAAGGUGAAGGUCCCGGCGGCAGUCCUCAAGCACGAGAAGAACCUGGUGCCCUGGUUCAUGGGCAACAGUGGGGAAACCUGCGACUCGGUGUGCAAGCGCAACUCCUAUGCGGGAUGCGAUAAGGAGCAGAUGGUGGCCCUCGACAGUAACGAGAAAGUGUCAGCGGCCUUCCGCGAAGUGGGCUACCACUGCAAGGGCUACCACGGAGCCCGAAAUUAUCCCGGCAGCCCUUUCUCCACGGGCAGGAACGACGACUGCGCGCCAGUUACUCCGGGAACCAAGAAGAGCUCAUUGAGUUGCAGCGGGAACCAAGGUGGUGGCAAGCCUCUCUGUGCCUGCAAAGAAAAGAAGGACAGAGUGUGGUUCCAAGCCGACUUCGCGCAGCCGUGCAAUGACGUGUGCAAAGCCAAUGGCUUCCGCAGUUGCGACAAGCAGAAAAUGGCAGCACUCGACUCCAACGAUAAGGUCAAGGCGGCUUUUGCAAAGGUCGGCCACGUCUGCAAAAGUUUCCAUGCAUCGCGGAACUAUCCCGGUGCCCCAUUCAUCACAGGCCGAAAAAAUGAUGAUUGCACGCCAGUGACUCGCGGAACAUCGGCGAGUGCCUUGAGCUGCUCCAAGGUCCGACACUCCAACACAGCUCCGCUCUGUGCGUGCAAGGACAAGGUGAAGGUGAACUGGAAGCUUGCGUUGAAGGUUGGCGAGACGUCCACUCUGGGAUUCUCCAGCCCACUCUGGACCAACAAGGCCUUGCUCAACGAAGCGUCGCCGGUGGACACCAUUGAGGAUGCGAAGUACAAAGAAUUCAACACGGAGCCCUUCGAGCGGAUUCGCAUGUGUGUCGGAAGCCCCGAGUCCAACUGCGUAGUGCACGACUUCUCCAAAAGGUACAACAGUGCUAGGGCCCUCUUCAAUGCCGGUUACAUUCGAGACGAAAGCGUGGACAGGGAUGGCAUUCUGAGCAGCUUCGGCCCCGUCAAAGGCUCGUACCGGGAUUGCCCGAUGCAGAGGCCAGGGAACACAUGUCCACAAGUUAUUUCUCACAAGUUUAGGUUCCGUUGCUGCCGGUGCUUCUGUUUUAGACGGUUUUGGCGAGGCCUGGCUUCAACAUCGAGUGCAAGGACGGCAACAAAGCUCGGUGGGGUUUCUGCGCAAACUGCCCAAGCCAGGGCUGCCAAAACUCUGACAGCAACGAUGCGGACGCUGCCAUCGGCAUUGGAAUCGCGGGACAGUCCACGGACACAGAGCUUGGGGCAGGUUGGACGGCGUGCCACAGCUGCAAUUCAGUCGGUUUAG